AUGCUGAGCAUUGUUGGACUUCAAGGACCGGAUUGGGUUUUGAUAGCCGCUGACUCAUCAGUAUCUUCCUCAAUUAUUUGCAUGAGCGAAAAUUACGACCGAAUUGCACAAUUAGACGACAGACAUGCUUUAGCUAUGUCCGGCGAGACAGGCGAUUGCCUUCAAUUAUCCGAAUACCUACAAGGAAAUGUCGCAUUGUAUAAGUUUAGAAAUGGCGUUGAACUCUCAAGUGACGCCCUUGCACACUUUAUCAGACAUACUAUGGCUAAAGCAGUACGAAAGAGUCCAUACGAAGUUAACAUGCUUCUUUCCGGAUACGACGGAAAGCCACAUUUAUACUUUAUGGAUUAUUUGGGUACAUUGCAGAGUAUUCCUUAUGGUGCUCAAGGCUAUUGCCAGUAUUUCGUUAUGUCCGUCUUUGAUAAGCACUACAAAGAAGGAUUGACAUUAGAAGAUGGUAAAGAACUCAUGAAAUUGGCAUUAAAUCAGAUCAAGCAAAGAUUUACAGUAGCUCCACACGGAUUCAUUGUUAAGCUUGUCGAUAAGAAUGGUAUUACAAAAAUUGAUCUUGAAUAA